AGAUAAUGAGUGACUCAGGGGAACAUGCUGCAGGUCAUGUGUGUGAAGGCACCUGGCACACACACAUAUAUAAUAUAUACACGCACACACGUAUGCACAGUCGCAUACUAACACAGAACCGGGUGUACGCGUGCACGGGCACUAAAGGGCACUGCGCGUAUUUGACUCCCUGCAGCCGCUCCGCCGCACACCUCCUUGUCCACUGACCGUUCCUUUCGUCGUUUGACUUCAUUUUUCUUCUUAGCCUUUAUUAACUCUUGCGGGGGCUCUUUUUCUCGGAAGGAGGGGGUGCACCCGGAGUGGUCCUCGGUGGUUGGAUGUGAGCCGUGUCCGCGGGUGACGGAGGUGGACGCGGCGCUCUGCUCUGUGCAGGGAUCGGGAGGCGGUCGCUCUCCAAGGUGCUGAAAGUCGGAGCGCUCCCUCCCGACGAUGAACCAGACCUCUGCCGAGAGACACAUAUCAAACAAUGACUGGCUUCAAUGUCGUUUGGUUUAAUUUUUCGUACUCGAACUUCUACCCCUUUGGAUUUGGGAUUUUUCACGCAGCCGCUGGAUGUAUGCAACAAGACCACGACCGCUGCAGCUUUCUAACGUUCACCUGCGUCGGUGGGAAAUACUGAAUUGACUCCGGAUUCUCAGAGAACGCAACGGAGGUUUUUUUUUUUUUCGGGCCGUUUUUUUCACGGUGUGUCUCUCCCUCCGUACCGCAUGCCACUGGACGCGUACAGUUUGUCUCAAACAGGGCUCUCUGUCUUCACACUCAGUGGAUAUCAAGCUAUUGCAACGCGCCCAUUUCCUCAAGUGAUGAUGAUGAAGAUAAAAAUAAUGAAGCGCAGUACGGAUCUGGAGAGGAUACCAGGAGCCUAGGGAUGACAUCAACACAAUUUUGUUGAGUGUGGAUUUCGAUGUCGCGGCGAAGGAUGGGCCCUCUCCUCUGGGCCGCCUUCAUCCUCCUGCUGGCCCUGAGCAACGUGUCUCCGGCCUCUGUCGGUAACCCCGAGGAUUACACCGCGGACGAGGCGGAGCGGACCGCCAGUGACAACAUCGUCUUUGAUGACUACCGGGGGAAAGGAUGCGUGGAUGACAGUGGCUUCGUCUACAAACUCGGGGAGCGCUUCUACCCGGGUCACUCGAACUGUCCGUGCGUGUGCACGGAGGACGGGCCUGUGUGCGACCAGCCCGAGUGCCCCAAGCUGCACCCCAAGUGCACCAAAGUGGAGCACAACGGCUGCUGCCCCGAGUGCAAGGAGGUGAAAAACUUUUGCGAGUACCGGGGAAAAACGUACAAAAUACUGCAAGAAUUCAAGGGUUCCCCAUCAGAUGAGGAAGGGACCAGUCCGCCCAGCAUGGCUGCCGGCGUCCCUCUGGCCCCAGCGCAGCUGCAAUCAAGAACCAGGAGAUAUAGGCCGUCCCCCUGUGAAUGGUGCCGCUGCGAACCAAAUAACGAGGUGCACUGUGUGGUGUCGGACUGCGCCGUCCCAGAGUGCGUCAACCCCGUCUACGAGCCGGAGCAAUGCUGCCCCAUCUGUAAAAACGGUCCAAACUGCUUCGCCGGAACAACGAUCAUCCCGGCCGGAAUUGAAGUGAAGGUGGACGACUGCACCAUCUGUCGCUGCCACAAUGGAGACUGGUGGAAGCCGGCGCAGUGUCUGCGGCGGGAGUGCCUCAACGGCCAGACGUUGUCAUAGAAGAGACCUCCGGGGGGGGGGGGGGGGGAGAAGCUCAGGCACGGCCCUGCCGCCUGCGCCAUUUUGUACGAUUGACGGGGGCAGGAGCACAAAUCCCUGAGGGACCUGAGGGACCUGAGGCCGCGUAGCGUCGAGGGGCCACUGGGAAGGAGGCGGAGCUUUUCACAAGGCCGCGGGUUUAAUUGUCCUAUGUAUUUUUCAAAAGCUGACUUGCUGCUCUCACACACACACACACACACACACAAAAAAAAGUUUCUACGCUCCUUGAACACUUUCCUAACCAUCGGCGAUGUCGGAUUGCUCAUGCUGGUUUAUGUACGUAUGUCAUCUGCUUGUUGUACUGUGUCAAUCACAUUCACGCAGGUGUUGUAAAUGUUCCAAGCAGCAGGAAAAACAAACUGUAAGCACACUUAUGGGCGCCCUUUUUUUUUUUUGUCACAAGAUUGACUUUUAACACUUCACUAUUGAGCUUGUUUACAAGAUGCACAUCACACACAUACAUGUUUGUCUCUUCAUACGUAUUCUGAUUGCUGCGGCAGGAAAUCACCUCUAACCAUCAGAUGAUGCAACCCGAGCACAGGCUUUGGAAUUUGGAACUCUAGAAUUUGAAAAAAAAAAAAAAAGAUGUACCUUUUUUUUGCGAUACUGCAUCCAAACCACGGCUUUGGGCAGCCUCCUCCGGGCUUGAUUGUCGUUAUCGUUUUCACUCAGAGGUCCAUAUCCUCCAAAAUAUCCGCGUUGAACUAACUGCUUGAACUUGUCAUCAAAAGCAAUUAGCGAGCCGAGCUUUAAUUGAUCCCAAUCACGGAGGAUGAAGCGUCCGGGCCGGGGGUUUGGUGUCCUUUUGGUGUCCUUAUUCUGUUGAGCAGCAUUCACGUGCACGGUGUCCACGUGAGCAUGCACAAGCACGUCGCUCAUCCACGAUCGCGUAGCCACAGUAUGAAGAGCUGCGCCUGGAGAAGCAAUUACAUCCAAGGAGUUCUACGUUACAAAGCUGCUGCAUUAUCCCACUGCUAUAGAUUGUGCAAUAGAUUUUCAGCCCGUCCCCUCUCCGAUACGUUAGAAAGGCUCUUCCUAUGUUGUGUAUCUGUAUUUUGCCGGGGAAACAACAUAAAGACAAGCUAAUAUAUUGCGUUGCCAUUUCCCAUGACCAGAGUGGUCCUCAAGUGGUCCAGUCAAAAGGAAAAAGCAGCCACCCAGGGCACAAAACCAGCCAUUUUUUUUUUUAGAUGAUAAAUACCAGGCUUGAAUUCAGAGGUGAAUUCCAGUAUGCUCAUGCCAUUCAUCACUAGAAUUUUUUCCAUUUCCAGAAAAUCCAUUCCCGUUAACCUUUUAGACCCUAUUCCUGGGUGGUGAUGGAUGGGCUGCUUAAUAGCGGCUUCCAGCAGUCUGUAAUGAGACAGAAAUGAACAUAGGAUAAAGACCAAUGAAUAAGGAGGUAUAUUACCUUAAAAUGCACUAAAAUUAAAUUUUUGCAAAGUCUGCUGCGUAUGACUCUAAAGCGGCAGAAAGCAGUUGAUGGAUGAAUCACAGAAUUAAAAAAGUUCAAACCUUGGUGCAACAACGGAGGCCGGGUCAUUCUCCUCAUUGACCUACGGUGAUUUAGUGUCUCUCAAUGGGAAAAGACAGUCCUCAUCCAUCUAGCUUGAGACCUGCAGACUCAAAACUAAAUUGACACCAACGGUUUAUCAAUCACAGCCUCGGUGCUCCAGAUUUUUUAGGAUUAAUAAAAAAUAAUAAUGUAAAAGCACCUUUUAUUAUUUCUGAUGCCAAAUAAUGAAUCAUUCUGUACGUGUAUCUGAAAAUACGAUGUAAUUAGUGGGAAGCAAAGACUGACGUGAGCGUGCUAGGGCUCAGAGGCCUUUCCCUCACCACCGAGGCCUUAUUGCUUCUGUUCCAGAUAAGAUUCACAAAGCAUGGCCUUUGGGUUUUUUUUUUUUUAUAGUGUGAAGAGCCCAGGCUGCUUUAAGUGCUAUUCUCUUCACACUGUGCAACAGUACAGCGUAAUGUAGUACCCACAAAUAGUUGUUUUCCUCCUGUAGACGGCUGGGUGCAUUUGGAGUAAAUGGGGAAAGGGCAGAGGAAAAUCCAGCUAGGAGAGAACAGCAUUCUAGUACACGUUUUUGUUUAUGUGAUAGAAGUCAAUGUAGAGGAUGACGCCUGACAGAGGCAUCGAGGCAUAUUGAUCCGAAUAACAAGGCUACAUCGACUCAAUUUCCAUCCCUGCUUCUAAAGUCUAUUGCAUUUGUUAAAAUAAUCUGGGGUGCCACGGCUGCUCAUCUUCUUAAUUAGUCGGCGACCAGCCGCCGCCCUCAACUACAUGUGAGAAGAUAGGACUGGAGGGGUUUAACUUGUCGUCACCAUAAGACAAGAGACCCCGCACAGCUGGCCUUCCAUUGGAGCUCAGUCGUGAUCCGGGCUGCUGGUGAGCAGAACAUUAAAGAGAGCUGUGAAGUCAAAUAAGCAAACCAUAUAUUCACAGCGCAGGUGCAGGAUUACAGACGGUACCAGUGGACGCAUCGCUCUGAAUCUGCGCUGUAAGUAGGUCGAGACCUUGAACAGUUAAUCGGAAUUACCAAUAAGGACCUAAACACCGUUCAUUUGCAGAUUUCAGAGAGCGGCGGCACAGUCCGUCUUUGAUCCUCUUCUGUCCUCACGUCUGAAACGACCCCCGUCCUUCCUCAAACCAUUCAAACCGCAGGCUUGUACAUGAGCUUUUUAUAAAGUUACACCAUCUGCUCUCCAUGAGACACCGGCUUACUGUAGCUGGAAACUAUAUAUUUUUUUUGUCCUGUUUUUUUUUUUUUUUCCCAGCAACAAAACUGUUACAUAAAGUGUGCCUGACAAACCAAGACAGAAUACGAAGAAAGAAACACUGUUAUUAUACAAUCAGCUGUAUGCGUUUGUGUCUGUUUAUGAGGGACAUUUAUACACACAUUAAGGAAUUAAGGUUUAAAUGAAGAUUGUAUAACGAUUGUAUACGACCACAUGCUCGCACAGGUUCACUCUACACUACGAGAAACAAGGUGAAACGUUUUUAAAGUUAAAAAUCAUUGGUGUUCCCCAUGUCGUUCAUAUGUAAAUAUUUUCAAAGGUUCAAUGUGUAUUCUGAAAUCUGAGGUCGAGU